UGGCUAUAUGCUGGUCUAUCUCGCAUGUCAUCCGCUACUGGACUCGGUGUGUACAGGGAUGCAUUUGAUCGGAUGUCUGAGGACCAGAUUACAUGGAUGCCGUUUACACCUGAGAUGUUAGUAGAGUUGCCCCCAGCUGGACGAGAGCAUACUCACAUAUGGCGAGCACGUGUGCCGUUGAUAUGUUUUGACAUUGUUGAGCUUCAUUUGCCUGAUAGAGUGUUGCGAUACGUCACUACGUGGGAAAGGCGAGCUGAGCUAGUUGUAGCUGGGACACCGACAUUUGUCCCAUCUGUUUCAGGAGACUACAUGGGAUGGUAUUACAACAUCACUCGUUUGUUUUUGUCUCCUUCGUUCAGACUCCCUACUCAUCAUUAUCAGCCUAGCUCCUUGGCUUUGCAUCUUACGACACGAGCUUUGCAGCGCAUACAUCAGCGGGCUACUGCCACAGUGACUGAUAGUCAUGAUGUGGACAUGUAUGGACAGGCUCUGACAGGCAUUGCCUCCUUGUGUCCAGAUGUGUUGGGGCGAGUCGACUACGGUUAUCUUAUACACAUGCCCCCAUCUCAGGAGAUGCCAUCCACGUCUAGUGCAGCGACGGCUUCAUCAUCCCAGACGCAGCAUGAGAGAAUGGUUCUUCAACCACGACAACGGCGUAAGCGUAGACAUGA